CCCUCCUGGGCAGCCAGGGCAGCAAGGACGGCACCAAGGGAGUUGCCCCAUGGACAGGGCCCCACAGAGACACCACCGAGCCUCGCAGGAGCUGCUGGCUGCAAAGAAGACCCACACCUCACAAAUUGAAGUGAUCCCUUGCAAAAUCUGUGGGGACAAAUCAUCUGGGAUCCAUUACGGGGUUAUCACCUGUGAGGGGUGCAAGGGUUUCUUCCGCCGGAGCCAGCAGUGUAACGUGGCUUACUCCUGCACCCGUCAGCAGAACUGCCCCAUUGACCGCACUAGCCGAAACCGAUGCCAGCACUGCCGCCUGCAGAAAUGCCUGGCCCUGGGCAUGUCCCGAGACGCUGUCAAGUUUGGCCGCAUGUCCAAGAAGCAAAGGGACAGCCUGCAUGCUGAGGUGCAGAAACAACUGCAACAGCGGCAACAGCAGCAAAGGGAACAAGCGGCCAAGACCCCUCCUGCAGGAGCCCAAGGAGCAGACCCCCUCGCCUGCACCUUGGGGCUCCCAGGUGGGCAGCUGCCCCUGGGCUCCUCGCCUGACCUGCCGGAGGCCUCAGCCUGUCCCCCCAGUCUCCUGAGAGCCCCAGGCUGCGGGCCCUCCUACUCCAACAGCUUGGCCAAGGCCGGGCUCAACGGGGCCUCGUACCACCUGGAAUACAGCCCUGAGCGGGGCAAGACCGACGGCAGAGAGAACUGCUAUGGCUCAGGCAGCCAGCCGACCCCUGACAGGUGUGGACUCCACUUCGAGGACCCCAGGCACCCUGGGCUUGGGGAACCAGGACGGGGCCCGGACAGCUACUUCAGCCCCAGUUUCCGCAGCACCCCAGAGGCGCCUUAUGCCUCCCUGACAGAGAUUGAGCAUCUGGUGCAGAACGUUUGUAAGUCCUACCGAGAGACGUGUCAGCUGCGGCUGGAGGACCUGCUCGGACAGCGCUCCACCGUCUUCUCCCGAGAGGAGGUGGCCGGCUACCAGAGGAAGUCAAUGUGGGAGAUGUGGGAACGCUGUGCCCACCGCCUCACCGAGGCCAUUCAGUACGUGGUGGAGUUCGCUAAGAGGCUCUCGGGCUUUAUGGAGCUCUGCCAGAAUGACCAGAUCGUGCUACUCAAAGCAGGAGCCAUGGAAGUAGUGCUGGUCAGGAUGUGCCGGGCCUACAAUGCUGACAACCAUACAGUCUUUUUUGAAGGCAAAUACGGUGGCAUGGAGCUCUUCCGAGCCUUGGGCUGCAGCGAGCUCAUCAGCUCCAUCUUUGACUUCUCCCACUCCCUGAGUGCCUUGCAUUUUUCCGAGGACGAGAUUGCCCUCUACACGGCCCUCGUCCUCAUCAACGCCAACCGGCCAGGGCUCCAAGAGAAAAGGAAAGUAGAACAGCUGCAGUACAGUCUGGAGCUGGCCUUUCAUCAUCAUCUCUGCAAGACUCAUCGCCACGGCAUCCUGGCAAAGCUGCCACCCAAGGGGAAGCUUCGGAGCCUGUGUAGCCAGCAUGUGGAAAAGCUGCAAACCUUCCAGCAUCUCCACCCCAUCGUGGUCCAAGCUGCUUUCCCUCCACUCUACAAGGAACUCUUCAGCACUGAAAUCGAGUCACCUGAGGGGCUGUCCAAGUGACCUGGAGGAGGGACUCCGUUCCCUUCCCUAGAGCCUCGUGGCUCACCUUCCUCUUGG